CCAAAAAGAAAAGAAAUUGUACUUAUUUCCACCCGAGAUAUUUCACUUCGAUAUCUUGGCGCGGCGGCAAGUUUCCCAUCUCCACCCCACGAAAAAAGGGCGCAAAGCUGCUAGGGUUUUUGCAAUUACAGAGGCUCUCGACCUCCAAUUACUCUCCUCGAUAUUCAAUUCCGCCUAAUAAAUCCAUAAGCUAGCUUCGCCUCUGGUACUACAUGUCAAGAUUUUGUUAGGGUUUAGAUGAAAAGUGCGGAACCACAGGUAAAAAGUUAUAGGUUGUAGUUGGAAAUAAUCUCGUAUUUAUUUGCAGGUAUAUUUAUAGAUAGAGAAACAAUAGGAACAAAAUGGAUUAUGAUGUAGCUGAACAAAAUGAUGGUAACUAUCAACCACUACAGCCGUAUUCAGAAACCCGUGGAGAUAAUAGUGCAGGCCGUGAAUUAAAGCAUUCAAUCGAUGAUUCUUCUGCAGGAAAGCUUUUCGUUGGAGGCAUUGCUUGGGAGACCAAUGAAGGUCUCUGGAAGGCCGCGAGGAUUUGGAUUUGUAACAUUUGCUGACCCAGAAGUUGUGAAUAAGGUUUUAGAGGAAGACCUCGUCAUAGAUGGUAGAACGGUGGAAGUGAAGAGGACAGUACCUAAGGAGGACAUGCAAGUUAAAGGAGCUCCCAAAACAAAGAAAAUUUUUGUCGGCGGUCUUCCAUUAUCUUUAACCGAAGAUGAGUUGAAGGAAUAUUUUUCUUCUUAUGGCUAUGUUCUGGAGCACCAAAUCAUGCUGGACCGCGAGACUGGUCGGUCCCGAGGCUUUGGCUUCGUGACUUUUGAUAGUGAACAUGCCAUUGAAAAAGUUUUAAACAAUGGCCGUAUGCAUGAAAUCUGUGGCAAACAAGUUGAAAUUAAGAGGGCUGAGCCAAAAAGAGCUGGUCCUGAAUAUGCAAACGGGAGCAGGCAGCAUCUUGGUGGUAGUGGCUCGAAAUCAUACAGUGGCUUUGGUGGGUCUGAAGGAGGGUUUGGUGGUGGAUAUGGUGGAAUGAUGGGUAGAGGGUAUGGUGGAUAUGGCGGCUAUGGUGGUUAUGGAAACAUUGGAGGAAGUUAUGGUGGGGGUGCUGCAGGAUUCUACUCUGGGUAUGGUGGAUAUGGUUAUGGAUUUGGGUUUAGUGGACCUAUGUAUGGGGCAGGUGGAUACGGAGGCACUAGCUAUGCGGCUCCUGGUAGCUAUGGUGGUCCCACUGGGUAUGCUGGCGGUAGAGGAUAUACAAGCGGCGAUGGUAGCUGGUAUGGUGGGGCUAAAGGCUCCGUAUCUGGCAAUGCUAAAGGGUAUGGUGUUGGUGGUAGCACUGGAGGUGCUAAAGCAUAUGGGAAUGGUGGUGCUGCAAGCGGAAGGUUUCAUCCCUACCAGAAGUGAGACGUUCCUCGUGAGUCUGGAGUUGCAAUUGCUUUGACUACUAUUGGCGGGUCCGAGCUAGGUGUAAAAUCUUUGCUGCUGAGUUUGUUUCCUUGUGCGGUUGAUUUUCAGUGAAAUGUUAUCAGCUUAUUUGUUGAUUAAGCCUUCUGUAGAUGUACUAGCAUAUUGGUUUUGGGAGAACGAUAGUAUAGUCUUUUGGCUUAACUUUUGCAAAUUGCUUAAUCAUCUCUGUGUAAGGUCAGGAUAGAAGUUACAAACUUUGUUCUUCUGGUGGCACACUCGGAUAUGAUUGCUUCUGCUGACGGUCUCUUGGUUAGUUGGUAAAUUAGAGUAUGUGCUAUAAACAUUGACUUCUGAGAAGUCUCAUUUUUAGUAAGUUGUAUAUAAAAAAUGUGUCCAACCCAUUGUUUUAUA